UUACUUUCACAGCCUCGGUAGGCUAGGUUAUGAACCUCACAGUGUUUUAGCAUAUCUCAUUUGAACUUCCUUUUAUUUAUUAUAUAAAUGAACGAACUAACAAAAAUGUCUAAACUAACGUUUAUCAGAUUGUGCUUCUGGCUUUAUCUGGUGCGAACGGUGGUCUCCAAAGAGGAUCUUUAUCAUAAAGUGGGAGGUGAGCUGGUGUUGACACCGGAGAAAUCCACAGUGCCUGACUUCAUCACAAGCAUCCUAUGGAAGCAUGGGAAGAACAAGGUGGCAGAGUGGGACAAGGAUUUUGGUAGUCUGGACAUCUAUGCUGCCUUCAAAGAGCGUACAACCCUGAACCAGAAUACUGGAGAGCUGAGAAUCAGUGGAUUGAUGAAAACAGACAGUGGAGUUUAUUCUGUGGAGUUCAACAGCAAACUGCUUGACAAGACAUAUACACUGUCUGUUAUCAAGGCAGUCCCCAAACCCACAAUCACUUCUUCCUGUAACGCCAACCAAACCUCCUGCACUCUGACCUGUGAGGGUGACACCACUGAUGCUGAACCAGUCACCUACAGCUGGAAAGUGGGAGAGAGAGCAUGGGAGGUCUUAUACAAACAGAGGAAUGUCUCUAAGAGCAACACUGGCAAAUCAGCCAAUGGCUACAAGUACAUCUGCAAGCUGAAGAAUGCUGUUAGUGAGGAAGUCAGUGAGCCAGUUGGAGAGGUGUUUGGUCCAGAGGCAGUCCCCAAACCCACAAUCACUUCUUCCUGUAACCCAGACAAAACCUCCUGCACUCUGACCUGUGAGGGUGACACCACUGAUGCUGAACCAGUCACCUACAGCUGGAAAGUGGGAGAGAGAGCGUGGGAGGUUGUAGACAAACAGAGGAAUGUCUCUAAGAGCAACACUGGCAAAUCAAACAAUGGCUACAAGUACAUCUGCAAGCUGAAGAAUGCUGUUAGUGAGGAAAUCAGUGAGCCAGUUGGAGAGGUGUUUGGUCCAGAGCCUUCCAGUAUCGGUGCUGUUGUUGCUCUGGUUGUCUGUCUCAUUGUAGCAUUUGCUGUCAUAACAGGAAUGUUGUUGUGGAAGAAAAAGAAAGCUAAAGGCAGUGAUGUAGUCCAGCCAGAACAAGGGAAAGGCAAUGCAGAUAAAACUGAAAAGGGGCAGGGGAAAGAAGGGGGCGAUGAUAAGACUAAAACGAAUGGCAGCGCUGCACCAGGGGGCGACCUUAACGCAGCUGAAAAAGGAGAGGCAAAUGGAGAGGGGUCCGUGCUGCUGAACGAAGACACGGUGAAGUACGACAAUGGAAAGGGGGCAGCAGAAGAGAAUUCAGCAUUGUAGGACGCCAGGGAUCUGUGGACCAGAGGUACACAGAGGAUCAUGAAGACAAGAGAACCCACCGUCUCAUCUGGGCUACCAGCACUGGAUGACAUGGUUGCCCCUCUGAGGUUGCGUUUUUUGUGGAUUUACCUUUUUUGGGAAAGAUCUGAAUUUAAUAAUUAUUGAGAAUCAUGGAUUUAAAGGAACUGAAUCUCUUUUUGACUAUGACUUUUUGACUAUUUAAAAAAAUAUAUAUAUAUAUAUAUAUUUCACCUUUAUUUAACCAGGUAGGCUAGAUGAGAAAAAGUUCUCAUUUACAACUGUGACCUGGCCAAGAUAAAGCAAAGCAGUGCGACACAAACAACAACACAGAGUUACACAUGGAAUAAACAAACAUAGAGUCAAAAAUACAAUAGAAAAAUAGAAAAAAUAGAAAAACAAGUAUUUGAUACACUGCCGAUUUUGCAGUGUUUCCUACUUACAAAGCAUGUAGAGGUCUGUAAUUUUUUAUCAUAGGUACACUUCAACUGUGAGAGACGGAAUCUAAAACAAAAAUCCAGAAAAUCACAUUGUAUUAUUUUUAAGUAAUUAAUUUGCAUUUUAUUGCAUGACAUAAGUAUUUGAUCACCUACAAACCAGUAAGAAUUCCGGCUCUCACAGACCUGUUUGUUUUUCUUUAAGAAGCCCUCCUGUUCUCCACUCAUUACCUGUAUUAACUGCACCUGUUUGAACUCGUUACCUGUAUAAAAGACACCUGUCCACACACUCAAUCAAACAGACUCCAACCUCUCCACAAUGGCCAAGACCAGAGAGCUGUGUAAGGACAUCAGGGAUAAAAUUGUAGACCUGCACAAGGCUGGGGUGGGCUACAGGACAAUAGGCAAGCAGCUUGUUGAGAAGGCAACAACUGUUGGCGCAAUUAUUAGAAAAUGGAAGAAGUUCAAGAUGACGGUCAAUCACCCUCGGUCUGGGGCUCCAUGCAAGAUCUCACCUCGUGGGGCAUCAAUGAUCAUGAGGAAGGUGAGGGAUCAGCCCAGAACUACACGGCAGGACUUGGUCAAUGACCUGAAGAGAGCUGGGACCACAGUCUCAAAGAAAACCAUGAGUAACACACUAUGCCGUCAUGGAUUAAAAUCCUGCAGCGCACGCAAGGUCCCCCUGCUCAAGCCAGCGCAUGUCCAGGCCCGUCUGAAGUUUGCCAAUGACCAUCUGGAUCAUCCAGAGGAGGAAUGGGAGAAGGUCAUGUGGUCUGAUGAGACAAAAAUAGAGCUUUUUGGUCUAAACUCCACUCGCCGUGUUUGGAGGAAGAAGAAGGAUGAGUACAACCCCAAGAACACCAUCCCAACCGUGAAGCAUGGAGGUGGAAACAUCAUUCUUUGGGGAUGGUUUUCUGCAAAGGGGACAGGACGACUGCACCGUAUUGAGGGGAGGAUGGAUAGGGCCAUGUAUCGCGAGAUCUUGGCCAACAACCUCCUUCCCUCAGUAAGAGCAUUGAAGAUGGGUCGUGGCUGGGUCUUCCAGCAUGACAACGACCCGAAACACACAGCCAGGGCAACUAAGGAGUGGCUCCGUAAGAAGCAUCUCAAGGUCCUGGAGUGGCCUAGCCAGUCUCCAGACCUGAACCCAAUAGAAAAUCUUUGGAGGGAGCUGAAAGUCCGUAUUGCCUAGCGACAGCCCUGAAACCUGAAGGAUCUGGAUAAGGUCUGUAUGAAGGAGUGGGCCAAAAUCCCUGCUGCAGUGUGUGCAAACCUGGUUAAGAACUACAGGAAACGUAUGAUCUCUGUAAUUGCAAACAAAGGUUUCUGUACCAAAUAUUAAGUUCUGCUUUUCUGAUGUAUCAAAUACUUAUGUCAUGCAAUAACAUGCAAAUGAAUUACUUAAAAAUAAUACAAUGUGAUUUUCUGGAUUUUUGUUUUAGAUUCUGUCUCUCACAGUUGAAGUGUACCUAUGAUAAAAAAUUACAGACCUCUACAUGCUUUGUAAGUAGGAAAACCUGCAAAAUCGGCAGUGUAUCAAAUACUUGUUCUCCCCACUAUAUACAGUGUGUGCAAAUGAGGUAGGAUAAGGGAGGUUAGGCAAUAAAUAGGCCAUAGUGGUGAAAUAAUUACAAUAUAGCAAUUAAACACUGGAGUGAUAGAUGUGCAGAAGAUGAGUGUGCAAGUAGAGAUACUGGGGUGCAAAGAAGCAAAAAUAAAUAACAUUAUGGAGAUGAGGUAGUUGGAUGGGCUAUUUACAGAUGGGCUAUGUACAGGUGCAGUGAUCUGUGAGCUGCUCUGACCGCUGGUGCUUAAAGCUAGUGAGGGAGAAAUGAGGCUUCAGAGAUUUUUGCAGUUUGUGAUAGACUGCAUCCAAUUUGCUGAGUAGAGUGUUGGAGGCUAUUUUGUAAAUGACAUCGCCGAAGUCAAGGAUCGGUUUAUAUAGUCAGUUUUACGAGGGAAUGUUUGGCAGCAUGAGUGAAUGAUGCGUUUUUUGCAAACUAGGAAGCGAAUUCUAGAUUUAAUUUUGGAUUGGGGAUGCUUAAUGUGAGUCUGGAAGGAGAGUUUACAGUCUAACCAGACACCUAGGUAUUUGUAGUUGUCCACAUAUUCUAAGUCAGAAUCGUCCAGAGUAGUGAUGCUGGACGGGCGGGCAGGUGUGGGCAGGGAUCGGUUGAAGAGCAUGCAUUUAGUUUUACUCGCAUUUAAGAGCAGUUGGAAGCCACAGAAGGAGAGUUGUAUGGCAUUGAAGCUCGUCCCGGAGGUUAGUUAACACAGUGUCCAAAGAAGGGCCAGAAGUAUACAGAAUGGUGUCGUCUGCGUAGAGGUGGAUCAGAGAAUCACCAGCAGCAAGAGCGACAUCAUUGAUGUAUAAAGAGAAGAGAGUCGGCACAGUAUUGUCUCUUAUCGAUGGCGGUUAUGAUAUCGUUUAGGACCUUGAGCGUGGCUGAGGUGCACCCAUGACCAGCUCGGAAACCAGAUUGCAUAGCGGAGAAGGUACGGUGGGAUUCGAAAUGGUCGGUGAUCUGUUUGUUAACUUGGCUUUCGAAGACCUUAGAAAGGCAGGGUAGGUUGGAUAUAGGUCUGUAGCAGUUUGGGUCUAGAGUGUCUCCCCCUUUGAAGAGGGGGAUGACCGCCGCAGCUUUCCAAUCUUUGGGGAUCUCAGACGAUAUGAAAGAGAGGUUGAACAGGCUAGUAAUAGGGGUUGCAACCAUUUCGGCGGAUCAUUUUAGAAAGAGAGUGUCCAGAUUGUCUAGCCCGGCUGAUUUGUAGGGGUCCAGAUUUUGCAGCUCUUUCAGAACAUCAGCUAUCUGCAUGUGGGUGAAGGAGAAAUGGGGGAGGCUCGGGCAAGUUGCUGUGGGGUGUGCAGGGCUGUUGACCGGGAUAGGGGCAGCCACGCGGAAAUCAUGGCCAGCCGUAGAAAAAUGCUUAUUGAAGUUCUCACUUAUCGCGGAUUUGUCGGUGGUGACAGUGUUUCCUAGCCUCAGAGCAGUGGGCAGCUGGGAGGAGGUGCUCUUAUUCUCCAUGGACUUUACAGUGUCCCAGAACUUUUUUGAGUUUGUGCUACAGGAUGCAAAUUUCUGCUUGAAAAAGCUAGCCUUAGCUUUCCUAUCUGCCUGUGUAUAUUGGUUCCUAACUUCCCUGAAAAGUUGCAUAUCACCGGGGCUAUUCGAUGCUAAUGCAGAACGCCAUAGGAUGUUUUUGUGCUGGUCAAGGGCAGUCAGGUCUGGAGGGCUAUAUCUGUUCCUGGUUCUACAUUUUUUGAAUGGGGCAUGCUUAUUUAAGAUGGUGAGGAAAGCAAUUUUAAAGAAUAACCAGGCAUCCUCUACUGACGGAAUGAGGUCAAUAUCCUUCCAGGAUACCCGGGCCAGGUUGAUUAGAAAGGCCUGCUCGCUGAAGUGUUUUAGGGAGCGUUUGACAGUGAUGAGGGGUGGUCGUUUGACCGCAGACAAUGGGGUAUUGUGUGUAGAUUGAUGAGGGGGAAAACUAUUGAAUCAAUUUUAGAAUAAGACUAAUGUAACAAAAUGUUGAAAAAGUCAAGAGGUCUGAAUACUUUCCAAAUGCACUGUAUCCUGGCAAAGGAGAAAUGUUCACUAGCAGGGAUGUAAACAAAUUUGUGCAGAAAUCUUUAGAGAAAUAAGCUUUUUUGCAUAUGGAACAUUUCUGGGAUCUUUAGUUUCAGCUCAUGAAACAUGGGGCCAACACUUUACAUGUUACGUUUAUAUUUUUAUUUUUAUUCAGUAAAUCUAAAUGGCUAUGUAUACAGUACAUACAAUUUGUAUAAAACCCAUAUGGGUGUGAGACAACAUCCCUCCCUGUGGCUGUAUGAGAAGUGUAUCAUAAGGCUAAUGUGUAAUGUAUGUAUUAUGUUGAGUGUGUAAUGUACAGUGUCUAUUUUGUAUACAGCAGUACUGUGUGUCUAAGACCAUUUCUCCCUUGGGACAUUAAAGUUAAUCCUCUUCUUA